AUGAACGACUUCGACAACAUCCUAGCAGAGAUCGACAUCUCUGACACAUUUGCUCCUAUUGCCACAGCACCGAGAGUCCUCACCCGUGUUGUCGAGAACUCACACCUGGACCUGGCAGGCCAUUUACAUUCUAUUCAGAAUGCAUGUGUCGAGCUGCUAGAACGCUCCAAGCCUAAAUCUCCUUGUACGUUCUGCUCAACCGCAGAAAAUCUCGAUAACUACACGACAUACCGCUGUAAUCGGUUUCCUGACCCUGUAUCGAAAGCCUUGCCGGCUGCUCGCUCUGCGAGCGCUGCUUGA